CACCAUCACCAUCACCAUCACCACCACCACCAUCAUCAUCAUCAUCACCAUCACCAUCAUCACCAUCAUCACCAUCAUCACCAUCAUCAUCAUCAUCCUCAUCCUCAUCCUCAUCCUCAUCCUCAUCCUCAUCCUCAUCCUCAUCCUCCUCAUCGUCGUCAUCACCAUCUCCAUCACCGAUCUUGUUCCCGAGGGGUCUCUUGCGUUGUCCCCGCUUUCAUUCUGGUUGCUCGGGAGUCAAGGCUCUUGCACUCGCAGAGGAGAGUGGUGAUGGUGGCAGCAGCGAUGAACAGCUUUGGUGUACAGGUCCCGGUUUGAUGCUUGCCGGGGCUUUCCCUUGCUUCCUUGUCUGUGUGGAUUCGAUAGCUUGUUGCCCGAAGUGUAAGUUGAAGCUGCAGAUGGCUCAAGGCGCAAGGAAAUGUGGAGAUAGUCGUGACAUUUGCUGAGACCGUUGAUGUUUUAUUUUGCUCCAGGCUUUUCUGUGUUGACUUCCAAACAAUUCCUCCCAAGGACGCCAGAAGUCCAAGGAGAACUUGUAGAGGUUGAAAUUCCAAAGAGUACCCACGGAGCGGCCAUUUUGGGCAUCGCACAAGCAUGCGACCAGCACUAUACGGAUGAGUUGGGCACGCAUCAGGCAUUCGGCCGGAUGGCAAACGGCAUAGUGCUUUUCAUUUUGGGCGGCGGUAUCCAGAUUGUGCUGGUUGGCCUUCUUUACUUCUUCUCAGAAGAGCGAAUGCAAGAUCCCUACGAAGCCAUUGGGACCGAUGUGCUUGCCAAGGACUUGCGAGGGGCUUUGGCGUCUGGUAAAGCCCUGGAUCAGUCACAUGAUGCUCUGCAGUUGUGCCUGAAAGACCACAGCGUGCCAUGGUCCCAGUCAAUGGUCAGCUUCGUUUGGCUUUGCAAGUGUGUCCCUCACAUUGUGAAUGCUGCUUGGGCGACUUGGGUCUUGGCCUCUUUGCCCAGUGGGUCAAAGACCAUCAGCAGCAAGAUGGGGAAGUUAAACAUCGUGAGUUUGCCUUUGAUUCCGAAGAUGUGUGCUGUGAUCUUCAUCCAACUACCGCUGGUGUUUCUGGAUGUCGCCCUGGCCAUCGUUGGCAUGAAAUUUCUCAUGUAUUGCAACGCUCUGGGCAAACUGAUUGUGAAAGCUAUGAGCCUGUCCUACAUUGAAACAGUGGCAGGCGUCGUCUUUGCUGGCCUGUCAUCCAAAGCAUUUCAGCUGGAAGUCAACAAAACUUUUUUGGUUCACGAGUUCACGAAGAUGCCUCUUUAUAAGCUGGAGUCCUGGCUGUCUGGACUACUGAAGAUCCUUUGCAUCGCUGGCUUGACUAUCUGGUAUUGCCGAAUCAAACAUGGAGAUCUCCAAGACUUUCGGCUUGCUUGCUUUCAGUACAAGUAUCAAUUCGUAUUUCCCAAUUGCGAACAUUGCGGAUUGGAUUUCUUUGGUUUACAUUUGGCAAAUUAAAUAAACAUGAUGAAAAUAAAAUGGGAAAAA